AUGGACGAAUUCGGAGUUUACGCGGUUUUCGGAGUGAACGGUCCGCCUCAAAGGCUGCUGGGUGCCAGUGGGGCGUGCAGGGUGUGCGCUGCGGUUCCGCCAAGUGUCCAUCAGGUGGUGCUGUUCAGCAUCGGGCCCUGGGGGGAGAGGGUGGGCGUGAACGUGGAGCUGAACGACGCUGAUCGUUUCCCCAUCACCAUGGGGAAACUGACCCCUUACAACAGGUGUCUGUCAUGGGAGCAGAGGGAAGAGGAGACAUGGACAGACAGCGUCACCCUGAACAUCUCUCUGGAGGGAGGAAACUUGACAAAAGCAGAUUUGUCAGAACCAGAACUCAUACUGGCUGUGAAGGAAUACACACCAAAGGAAACCACAGCUCCCCUCGCAGCCCGAGAGCUCAACGGCAAACGGAAAAGAGGAUCCAUGGCAGAGGAAGACAGCGAUAAGAGUGAGGUGGUGGAGAGGGAACAGGAGGAGGAGAACGUGUGUCCAAACGGUGCCAAGGAGAAGACAACACCGGUACGAAAAGCCAGAGGGCAGAGCAAAGGGGGGCAGAAGCUGUUCGGCAGUGAAGGAGAAGUAGCAAAGACAAAGGUGGCAGCUAAUGGAGCGGGAGAGGCGCAGGGGAUUGUGGGUAGGACGCCUCCUCAGAGCGUAGCCAGGACGAAGAGGGGGCAGGCCAAGACACCCACACAGACUGCCGUGCUAGUGAGCCCGUCAGGCAGAUGGGGACAGACUCUGUGUCCCAUCGACACUCAGACAGCAAUCCUGAUUGGAGGACAGGGAGCCAGGAUGCAGUUCUGCAAAGAUCCCAUGUGGAAGCUCUGCACAGAGGACUUGUCCUGGGUGGCAGCAGAGACUCUGGCCGAGGGUCCGACCCCUGAGGCCCGGAGUGGUCACACAGCCGUCUACGACCCCGACUCAAAGCGGAUCUUUGUGUUUGGAGGCUCUAAAAACAAGAAAUGGUUUAACGAUGUUCACAUCCUGGACACCCAGAGCUGGAAGUGGACUAUGGUCGAGGCUCAGGGUAAGGUUCCCCCUCUGGCCUACCACAGCUGCAGUAUGUUUCGGGGUGAACUCUUUGUGCUGGGCGGGGUGUUCCCUUGUCCAAACCCGCAGCCCGACGGCUGCAGUGACUCACUGUACAUCUUUGAUCCCCACCUCUCCAUCUGGUACCAGCCCAUCGUGACAGGCGACAAACCCUCCCCUCGCUCCGGACACUCUGCGUGUGUGAUGCAGGAGAGGAAGAUCUAUGUGUUUGGCGGAUGGGACACUCCUGUGUGCUACAAUGACAUGUAUAUGUUGGACCUUGGUUUGAUGGAGUUUUCUAAGGUGAAAACAACUGGGAAAGCCCCCUCUCCUCGCAGCUGGCAUGGCAGUGCUGUGCUUUCAGACACAAAGUUUCUGAUCCACGGUGGAUACAACGGAAACAACGCUCUCAGUGACACCUUCAUCUUCGAUAUAGACACCAACAGCUGGACAGAGGUGACGCUCCCUCAGAUGUCCGUCCCCAGGGCGGGUCACUCCCUCAUCACCAUGGAUACAGCCAGCCGCUUCUCAGAGGAGGACAAAGACAUGGACGUGGGCAUCGUCGGCAGAACUCUGCUGGCGUUUGGAGGCGGAGACAACGAGGGCCACUUCUUCUCCGACCUGUCGACCGUUGCCGUGGAGGAACUGCUUGGUGCUGUUUAAAGAGAGUGGGUCAGAGGUGAAUCCUGGCUCCCUG